AUGACUAUAUCUUCAACCAAAACUCUAGAGGAAAAAUAUGGAGAUUUAGAACUAUCUCCCUCAUCACAAAUACAUGGGUUUGAAUGGUGGAGAAGAACACUCGAAUAUCAUACUGGUUUAGGACCGACUUUUCAUAAUCAAAAAUUAAAAAAUCAAUUUGAAUAUGAUUAUGUAUAUCGAAAUUUACCUGCAAAAUGUUCAAACUGUUAUCAAUAUCGUGAUUGGAUUUUAAAAUAUUCACCAAGUGUUAAUUUCAUGAUGGAUCAUAUUAAGAAAUUAAAUAAACAACAAAAAGAUAUUAUAAAUAAAGAGAAUAUAGUUUGUGGACCAUGUGAUUUUACAAAAACUGGAGGUUUUAAUCCUCAAUUUGGUAUAUUAUUAUGUUCAAAUUGGAUAAGGAAUAAAUAUGAAUUGGAAGACAUAUUAACACACGAAUUAAUUCAUGUUUAUGAUUAUUUAAAAUUUAAUAUGAGUUAUGAUAAUUUGAGACAUCAUGCAUGCACUGAAAUUAGAGCGUCAAUGUUAUCAGGAGAAUGUAGGAUAUGGAAUGAAAUAUUUAAAAGUGGAUUAGGUAAUUUUGGUAAAAAAUUUCAACAAUGUAUUAAAAGAAAAGCAAUAUUAAGUGUUGAACAAAAUCCAAAAUGUGAAAAUCAUGAACAAGCUGAAAAAAUAGUUAAUUUAGUGUGGAAUUCAUGUUUUAAUGAUACAAGACCAUUUGAAAGAGUUUAUAGAUAG